GGGCGGCUGAGACAGUGCUGGCGGGGGGGCCUCUGGAGGGAUGUGAGAGCCGUGUGUCUCCCUCCGUGCGCGCUCACUGCCACCCUCGCGCGCUGCGUCCCUGCGGCCCGGCUGAGGCUCCCCUCGGCCUCUCCGGCCGGGCCCCACGUUAUGUCGUGAUCCCGGGCGGGCGGCGCUGCUGCUGCUGCUCAUGGGGCUGCUCAGGAUUAUGCUGCCGCCCAAGUUGCAGCUGCUGGCGGUGCUGACGUUCGGGGUGGCCGUGCUCUUCCUGGAGAACCAGAUCCAGAAGCUGGAGGAGUCCCGCGGCAAGCUCGUUUUUCUGUUACUCUUUACAGAAAGAGCUAUUGCAAGACAUGAAGUCAGAGAAAUAGAACAACGUCAUACAAUAGAUGGUCCUCGACAAGAUGCAACACUGGAUGAAGAUGAUGAUGUGGUGAUCAUUUACAACAGAGUACCUAAAACUGCAAGCACAUCCUUCACAAAUAUUGCCUAUGACCUUUGUGCAAAGAACAAAUAUCAUGUUCUGCAUAUCAAUACAACCAAAAAUAAUCCUGUUAUGUCACUGCAAGAUCAGGUGCGAUUUGUGAAGAAUGUAACUUCCUGGAAGGAAAUGAAACCAGGAUUUUAUCAUGGACAUAUAUCUUUCUUGGAUUUUGCAAAAUUUGGUGUUAAAAAGAAACCAAUUUACAUUAAUGUCAUAAGAGAUCCUAUAGAACGACUAGUUUCUUAUUAUUACUUUUUGCGGUUUGGAGAUGAUUACAGACCAGGGCUACGAAGGCGAAAACAGGGGGAUAAAAAGACCUUUGAUGAAUGUGUAGCAGCUGGAGGAUCAGACUGUGCUCCAGAGAAACUUUGGCUUCAAAUUCCAUUCUUCUGUGGCCACAGCUCAGAAUGCUGGAAUGUGGGGAGCAGAUGGGCUUUGGAACAAGCCAAGUACAACCUGAUUAAUGAAUACUUCCUAGUGGGAGUCACUGAAGAGCUUGAAGACUUUAUUAUGUUAUUGGAGGCAACUUUGCCCCAAUUCUUUAGGGGUGCUACAGAACUGUACCGGACAGGAAAAAAGUCUCAUCUUAGGAAAACAACAGAGAAAAAGCUCCCAACAAAAGAAACCAUUGCCAAGCUGCAGCAGUCGGAAAUUUGGAAAAUGGAGAAUGAGUUCUAUGAAUUUGCACUGGAGCAAUUUCAGUUUGUCAGAGCACAUGCAGUUCGGGAAAAAGAUGGAGAAUUGUAUAUUCUGGCUCAAAACUUUUUCUAUGAAAAGAUAUACCCUAAGUCGAACUAAGAACAAGGUAUACUGUUAGAUCAAUGGACUAAACCUUUGGUCACUUUGUCAUCUUAGUUCUCAGCCCUGGAAAAUAGUUUGCUGGUAGACCUCUGAGGCAUUUCUCUCUAGAGCUGAGGAAAGUGGGCUGUGGAUCACACCAAAGGUGUUGGAUACUUGACUUAAGCUUCAGUUCUUUUAUCUAACUAAUAGUUUCAGUGGGUGUUACUACCCUUUCCCUGAAGAAACCUACAUUUUCCUUUACAGAUAUUAACUGCACAGAGGUUCUGGUUGAAAAUACAAACAAAAAAUGCUUCUAUUUAUGCUGUUGUUGAUUCUCAGAGCAAUUUAUUUUCAUUUAAACUUCUAUAAACAAGAAAUCAUUUGUUUUCCCAGCUUCUACAUGGAGAUUUUGGUUGUAUACAAUUAUGAAUAGUGUUAAUAACUGGUUGACAUCUGUGCUUUGUUUUUGUGAGUCACGUUACAUGAUAUUCAUUGGAAUGAUCAAUCGUGUUCUGCUAAGAAAUGCUGAUGCUGGAUUUGCCCAUAUAUAUAUAAAUGUGGUUUUAUUAAAAAGAAAAGUUAUAACUAAUCAUUAGUGUUUUUAAAAAUAAUUUCCAUAUUAAUAUUGUAAAAAGAGAAUCAAGGCAGUAUUUCCUUUUCCUCCCUCACCCCAACUGCCACUGAAGUUGGGAAAAUUCUGCAAAGAAAGUUGGCAUUGCCUGCAGUUUUAGUUAAUGCUUAUACAUCAGUAUAAAAAAAACCCUAGUAAAUUCAAUAUCAAGUUGCUCCAUGGAUUCUUUGUAAUGACUGUAAACUGAGAUAUUGGUGAAUCCAUAUUAUGACUCCAUUAGUGAGCUGUGAUAUGGUUUGGGUUUUCCUACUUCUUCUAUACUUUUACCUGUAGAAUAUUUUUACUAAGGUGCUUUAUAAUGUGUUUUAAAGCAUUGCAUUUACAAAAGGAGUAAAAUGCUGUAAAUACUGCAUAUUUUAUGUAUUUGGACCAAAAGGUUACAAGUAAUUAGAUGAAAGUGGUUUUUGCACCAGUUUUGUUACAUGUGAAGUAAAAACCAUCUCAUCUGAUGUUCGGCUUCCUAUUUUAGUUAACUGUUGGACAUCACUGAAAUGCACUUCAAUGACUUCUACAACUUUACUAACAAAAUCAAAAGUUUGGUUGAGACACGUUGAACUUGACAUAAAUGUGUUUAUGUAACCGCCUUACAUCACUAUUGUAAACUUGUAUGAUUUGCCGUUAUUAGCAGCUUGAAACACCUGGUAGAUUAAAUGUAGUUGAGAUUAGUGAACAGGCGUUUGGGUACUGGGGACACUGUGUUUUAACAAACUGCAGUGAAUACCUACAUGUAACUUUUUUAAAAAUCACAGUAAUUACCCCUUUUUUCACCUUCAGUUUAUAAAAAUUAGUUUCCCUGGGUUUGAUUGGGGUGGGGAGAAGGAGAUAAUGUGACAUGUAUUUGAAUCCCUAAGGAUGGUGCUUAAAACAAUAGUGUAAAGUUAUUAAGAUGGAGUUUCUUUAAUGCAUUUGUUUUUUGUAAUAUGAAAAUGAUUGGGAGUUGAAAAUCAUGUGUACAUUGGAUGUUUGCUGCCAAAAACGCAAUGAUCCAAUUAUGAAAGGAUUAAUUGAUACUGUCCAGUACUAAUUUUAAAUUUGCUUUACUAUCCUUUGGACCUUCCUCUUUUGAGAUUUAAAAAACCCCACUUUUCUCUAUUAGCUGUUCUCCUCAAUUAGGUACUGGUGGGUUUUCCUUUCUGAUUACUGAUUUAUGUAGCAUGCACCGGACAGGAUUUUGCUUGAUUCCUUUCCCGUGUAUCAGCUUCAUUAAUGAUGCCAACACAUCACUGGGGAACAGGAUUUGCUACUUGAUUUAUGUUUCUUCUACUAUCUGGUUGUCUAGCUGGACAAGAAGUACUGGAGAGUCAUCAUAGAGUGGCUAUUGCAGUUCUGAAAUUUUCUGUUUAGACUGGUAAAUUUUGGAAAUACAGUGGAUAUUUAUCAUUAAAAAAAAUGAACGUUUUUAGGGCAGAUCACAUUUUGUCCCCCAUAUAAUUUGGUUUUAUUUGCUUAAAGCACCUUAUUUUCUUGAUCCUUUUGUAAAAUUUUCAGAAUAUCUCUGAACAAAGAUACAAAGUGAAAACACAGUACCCAAGUAGCUAACGAAAUAGGGCAUUUAAACAUACAAACAAAUGCCUUAGUUUGAGAAGAAAACUAUGGGUGAAAUCCUGGCCCUGCUGAAAUCAGUGGAAGUUUUGCCUGGAUAUAAUCAUAUAAAUAUAGUUUUUGAACUUCUGCUCCUCUUCUGCCAAUAAUCAUCUUAAAAAUAGAUUAAAUGUCUCCAUUUUAAAGGAGACAUUUAUUUUUCAUAGUUCAAAUCAUGGAAAAAAUAUUUUAUUUCCUCACAUAAUAAUAUAACUCCUGUCCCCUACUUGCUGUGAAUUGAUAAAAUUGAGAGUGGUGAUACAGAAAUAUGCAUCUCUUUAGAAACUUACUAAUUUAAAAAUAUUAAUUCAACAUAUUACAUUUUGGGGUAGAGGAGGAAUCACAAUUGUGGCUACUUUUAUAUCAUAUGAAAUAAUUCAUUCAGAGUAUUUUAAAAUCCUUUGACCUCAAACUUCUGCUUCUUAAAGGGAUAACCAACUUUACACAUUUUUAAUAACCUACUCUAUUCUUGUAUUCUGUAAUUCUCCAAAUCACAGGUUAUUAAAAGUAAUUUACAGUGUAUAAGUGACAAUUUGUCUCAAUACUUUUCCCCUAAUGAGUCCAGUGAAAUUUAGUGACUUGCAGAUGGUGUGAUCAUUGGACUUGAUUAUGCAGCCUUUUGCAUGCACAUCUCACAUUGAAGUCAAUGGGGGCUGUAUGCAAAGGUAGCAGGAAGAGAUUUGCUUUAUGGGAGCAAUUUGGGGUGAAAUUCUGGCCCUUUAAAGUCAGUGGGAGCUCUGCCAUUGACUUUAAUGUUGCCAGGAUUUCACCCUUUGUGUUCAUGCACAAUAUUUAAAAUAUUUUAGGAAAUGGAAGCCCCAAAAUCAAUGCUGUGUACAGUGCGUGCAUUUAUGUUCAAAUAGUCUGUUUAUUAUACACAUCAUGAAUUCCUCUGAGAUAAUUUAAAACAGGAAUCACAGUUUAUACUUUUAGAAUGUAGCAAAGGAGAAGCAGUCCGUCUGGGAGUUUGGAAUGCUUUUCCUAGAUGUUUCACAUUUCUUAAGAUGUUCAGCUGCUUCUGCGUUCCAGUAGUAUACAUUUGCCUACUAUAAUCUUACAUUAGUGCUGUUUAUGUCAAGGGAGGUCCAAUUGCUAUUACAUUUUUGCAUCAAUUUCACUGAUAUUGAAAAAGUAUGUAUAAAAAGAGAUGUUUGUGAUGCUGUCUAAACUAUGCUGCUUAGGCAGCCAGAUGAAAAACCUGUUUCAAAGUGCACUGCCAGCUUAGCUCUUUAAAAGUGGAGCUUAUUUUAAGACUACUGGAGAUCAGACUUGCAGAAAUUGUAAUGGGUGAUUAGUUGUUGGGAUAUAUUAUGUACUUUAAGCCCAUGCAGCUAUGUAACCCUUGCAGCGCUAUUUAUAAAUUGAGCCCUCUUUGUGAAGACUUUGAUAGCACAUACGGUACUUAUAAAUGUGUUUAGACACUUGUACUGUCUAAUACUAGAUCAGAAAUUUUCUGUAGCUUCUGUAUUAAGAGAGUUAGGUUUGUGAGCAUCUCUAAAGCAGUACUGAAUGUAAUUUUGAGAAACAUGGAUUGUGCCUCAUGACUUUUACUUUUUAACUACACACACACACACACACACACACACACACACAGCUAAAUAGUGCCUUUUUUCCUCACAAUCCAUGUUGAAGAUGCUCACUCCUGCUCUUUUUCCUCUCUCUCCAUAUAUUGAUUCAUUUGUGCAAUAUUAUCCCAAUGUGAAAUCAUUUUGUCACAUUUGUUUGAGAUAAUUUACUCAAUUUUCCUCACUAUCAUGCCAGCUUCUGCUGUUGAAGUGUUGAUUACUGAUGCAAAUGCUAUAAAAUAAAACACCCAGUGGGAAGGGGAAAAAACA